AUGACUGCCAAUGAUUCCGCAAAAGUCGACGGGGCUGUGCCAUCGACCAACAAUGGUGAUGCUGUGACUGCCUCAUCAGUGGCCCAGAAGCCUUUCACCCACCCUGUUGACACCGCCAAACCCGAGCCGCCUGCGAAGCUCACCCCGGAGCAGCAGGCCAAGUACGAGACUGUGCUGAAGACGGCCUCUUCCUGGACCACAAUUGCAACCAAAGCCGAGAAGAAUGCCCCGACUGAGCCCAUUACCGAUGAUGAGCGCAUGUGGUUGACCCGCGAAUGCCUGCUCCGAUACCUUCGUGCGACUAAGUGGAACGUCUUCGAGGCUGAAGCUCGGCUUCAACGCACCCUGACUUGGCGUCGGGAAUAUGGCAUGGAGAAGUUGACACCGGAGUAUAUCUCAAUUGAGAAUGAGACGGGCAAGCAAGUUAUCAUGGGCUAUGAUAUCCACGGUCGGCCCUGUCUAUACCUCCUGCCCUCGAAUCAAAACACCGAGAAGAGCGAACGCCAAAUCCAGCAUCUGGUCUUCAUGCUGGAGCGCGUCAUUGAUAUUAUGGGUCCCGAUCAAGAGACUCUGGCCCUUCUUGUCAAUUUCAAGGAGACUAAGUCUGGUCAGAAUGCGACAAUCGGUCAGGCAAAGCAGACCCUCGAUAUUUUGCAGAACCACUAUCCCGAGCGAUUGGGACGUGCAUUGGUGAUCAAUGUACCCUUCAUCAUUUGGGGAUUCUUCAAGUUGAUCACUCCAUUCAUCGAUCCUAAUACACGACAGAAGCUCAAGUUCAAUGAAGACCUGCGCCAACACGUACCUCCUAGCCAGCUCAUGAAACCAGUGGGUGGUGACCUCGAAUUCGAGUACGACCACUCUAUCUAUUGGCCCGCCCUCAACGAGCUGGCGAAGCAGCGCCGUGAAGCCUACCGCGAGCGGUGGAUUCAAGGUGGAAAGCAAAUUGGCGAGUUUGAGAACUACCUCAAGGGUGAAGAUAUCCCGAGCGUAUCCCAGGUUCAAAGCACUCCGCUGGAGGCCGAAGCUUCUGCCUAA